AGACUAAAGUGGCUUUUUGACAGUGUAAUAACCAUUGGCUUAUGCUUGUGCUUAAAAGACACAUUAUUUCAUAACAUGACAAAUUUUUUAAUUGAGGCCAAACGUUAGAGAGGCCUCCCUGCUGCAGUAAAAUCAUUUUGGAUGCCUGGUGACGUAUCCGCCGCUCCGCCGUCUGUUCUGGAGGUUGUCAGCUUCCUCGGCAAAACAGUUGGCGCAGGCGCGGCACUGACAGCUGCUGUCUACUUACUCCGCAAAGUCUGCUUAAUAAUGGCCUGGAAAUCUGGAGGAGCCAACCACGCAGAGCUUGUCAACAACCUCCGCAAAAAUGGUAUUAUUAAGUCUGACAAGGUCUACGAAGUCAUGCUGGCCACAGACCGAGCUCAUUUCUCUAGGAAUAAUCCCUACAUGGACUCUCCACAGUCAAUAGGAUAUCAAGCUACCAUCAGCGCUCCACACAUGCAUGCCUACGCCCUGGAGCUUCUACACGACCAGCUGUACGAAGGAGCCAAAGCUCUGGAUGUUGGAUCGGGGAGUGGAAUCCUUUCAGUUUGCUUUGCACGAAUGGUAGGUCCUAAAGGGAAAGUUGUAGGCAUUGAUCACAUCAAAGAGCUGGUAGAUGACUCUGUAACCAAUGUGAAGAAAGAUGAUCCCAGUCUUAUAACAUCGGGUAGAAUCAAGCUAUUAGUUGGAGAUGGGCGACUUGGCCACCCUGAGGAAGCACCAUAUGAUGCCAUUCAUGUUGGCGCAGCAGCACCCACUGUUCCGCAAGCUUUGCUGGACCAGUUGAAGCCCGGUGGCAGGCUCAUUCUGCCCGUUGGCCCCGCGGGGGGAAAUCAAAUGCUUGAGCAGUAUGACAAGUUGGAGGACGGUACCACCAAAAUGAAGCAAUUGAUGGGGGUGAUUUAUGUGCCUUUAACAGACAGAGACAAGCAGUGGUCCAGGUGGAAGUGACUUCCUUCUCCCCCUCCUCCCCCUAUCUCCUUCUCACAGUGGCAAAGGGAUGAACUUUGAAGAGGAAGACAGUGCAUAACUCAUCUUUAAGUUUGAAGCUGGAGAAAACUCGGAUGGUGUCAGACAACUCAUCUUGGCAUUUCAACACAAAAAAACAUGCUCUUUUUUUGUUUUAAGUCUAACGACGGACUCGAGUAUCAUAUUGAAGAUGGCCCAGAGGGGCUAGGAGGAAAGACUGCUUGAAGCUCAGCACAGAAAUCUAUUUUUUUUUCUUUCCAGGCCUGCAUCCUUUUGUUUGUGUAUUAAUUUUAACUGCUGGAUUUUAAUUUUUGUGGUUUUAUCAUCUGAAUUACAAUCAAUCAUUUUUACAGUAUUACAUUUCAGCAGCAUCAGUGCUGAAAGUGUGAUGACAGCGGGACUACGACGAGAAAACUUUGAUUCACCUAGCUACAGCGUGUGUGUGUGUGCGUGUGUGCGGAUCAUCUAACUGUAGACUAACAUAGGAGCUUUUCCCCUGCCAGCAGUAUUAGAAUCACACACACGGGCUGAUCUAACCCACAAAUCUCGUCUGAUGUGCAGCACUCUCACAUCAUUACACACACACAAAUAAAGAGGAGGAUCCUACUGAACAUACUCCAAAGAGAGCACCAACACACGCUCGCACAUAAACAGGGCUGUGCUUCUCACCUGGUGACGUGUUGCUUUCUGCAGCUGAUUGGUUCUCCAUCAACAAUUAACGCAGGCUCUUCAGGUGGCCGAUGCUCUAUGAGAUCGUCACUGCUUUGCCAAAAUAAACUCCAACAGUACAAAGCAAAAUGAAUGUCUGUUUUCUUGCAGUCAAAAAAAAAAAAAAGCACAUUUUAUUUUGGAUGAUGGAUGAUAUUUGGCUUUCACUGUUUCUGGAACUCAUUAUGAAAAAAAUAAAGAGAUGCUUAUGUUUU